AAGUAUUUGAACAGAGAGGCACAAUGUGAAUGUCUCGUGAUCUGCUCAUUUGUCUCGGCGCUUAAAACACGUUAAUUAAGUGAUUGCAUAUGGGUUUAAUGGGCUAUAUAUUAUUAAUAUGAUGUAGGCCCAUUAAGUUCACUUCUGUUAUUUGUCAAAGUCAACAGAUCUACAGUAUAAUCAAAUCAGUGAGAGAGAGAGAGAGAUCGAAGAAGAUGAGCCCUGCAUCCGCCAUGAAAGCUGCUGGAGUUUUGGUUCUGCUAGCCAUUCUAACAUCAGCUUAUGCGAAGAAGUCAGCUGAUGUGACAGAGUUGCAGAUCGGUGUUAAGUUCAAGCCUCAAAAAUGCGAUCUUCAAGCUCACAAAGGGGACAAGAUCAAGGUCCACUAUCGGAGAAGAAGUCAUGGAGAAUCUAUCUUGUUAAUUCAUCUAGAAACUUCAAUGAUAUGUUCUGAAUUUGUCAGUGACCCUAUUGAGUUUGAGCUUGGAACUGGUCAAGUCAUUCCAGGAUGGGAUCAGGGUCUACUCGGAGCUUGUGUAGGUGAGAAGAGAAAGCUGAAAAUCCCAUCAAAACUUGGUUAUGGUGAUAACGGCUCACCACCAAAGAUCCCUGGUGGGGCUACACUUAUAUUCGACACCGAGCUUGUUGCUGUGAAUGGGGAAACAUCCAGCGAAGAGAAAACGAAGAACGAGCUAUGAUUAAUACAGUCUCUGCUUUCUUGUUUUCCUUCUCUAAGAAACCGAUAAGUCAGCAUUGGAUUGAACUUAAGCACGCCUAGAAUCAUGUACUUUUGCUAGUUGAAGACAAUAAUUAUCUUUUUGGUCUUAACAUAAGUUAUUUUGGCAGUUGGAAAAUGACAACUUUACUCGUUGAUCGUUGAUGAAAACUUAAUACCUAUGUUUGGUAACAAAAACAUGUGGGAUUGAAGAAAAUAUGAAUACUUUACUUUGCUAGUCGAAGAUAUUUAUAUAUUUCUAAUUAGCAUAUAUGCGGA